UCUAAAUCAUGAGAGAUUCGACAGAAUCUGAUCACAGUUUUCAGUCAGUAUUUACUGGAGCUCAGAUUUUGGUGGAAAAAAACAUGAAGAGUUGUAAUUCACAUCGGACCAUAUGUUAUUUCUUAAAUUUAAAGUGUUACGUCAUAGUCCAAAUAACUGAAAUGAAUUGUUAAUGAUUCGCUGAUCAAGUGCAAUAUAUUUUCAAGAAUAAGAGGACAAGAUGAAAUUGAUUUCGAAAAACAUCGAACGAGACGGCGGAGGAGUGGUGUCUCUAAUACCAGAGAAUCCUGAGGACAUGUGGCACGCAUACAACCUGAUUUCUGAACAUGAUUGUGUCAGUGCAUCAACGAUAAGAAAAGUUCAAACAGAAAGUGCAACAGGCAGUACAAACAGCCAGAGAGUGCGAACAACCUUGACAAUAUCAGUGGAGACAAUAGACUUUGACACCCAGGCAUGUGUCCUGAGACUGAAGGGUAGAAACAUCGUGGAGAAUCAGUACGUGAAGAUGGGAGCGUAUCACACCCUAGACCUGGAGCUCAACCGUAAAUUUGUCCUGAAGAAAUUGAAAUGGGACUCAGUGGCUCUCGACAGAAUAGACAUGGCAUGCGAUCCCACACAGCAUGCAGACGUUGCUGCGGUGGUCAUGCAGGAGGGAAUAGCCCACAUCUGCCUGAUAACUUCAAACAUGACAAUUGUUAGAGCUAAAAUCGAUCAACCCAUACCAAGGAAGCGAAAGGGAUUCAUAUCUCAGCAUGAAAAGGGCUUAACACGAUUUUAUGAGAGUGUAGUCCAAGGAAUUCUUCGUCACGUGAAUUUUGAAAUCGUGAAAUGCAUAAUUAUCGCAAGUCCUGGAUUCGUUAAGGAUCAGUUCUUCGAGUACAUGAUGGAGCAGGCGAGUAAAACAGACAUAAAAAUUCUGAUUGAGAACAAGAGCAAAUUUAUGCUUGUUCACGCGAGUUCAGGCUUCAAACACUCUCUCAAGGAAGUUCUCGCUGAUCCAACAGUCGUCGCCAGAAUUUCUGACACAAAAGCAGCUGGUGAAGUUAAAAUACUCGAGCAAUUCUAUACUAUUCUUCAGACUGAUCCUUCAAGGGCCUUUUAUGGAAAGAAACACGUGAAAUUGGCAGCAGAGGCUCAAGCCAUCGAAGUUCUCCUCAUCUCUGACAAAUUAUUCAGAUGCCAAGACAUUCAGACGCGGAAGGAAUACGUCGAGAUAGUGGACAGUGUGAAAGACGCCGGUGGAGACGUCAAAAUAUUUUCCAGUAUGCACGUGUCAGGAGAGCAAUUAGACCAGGUAACUGGCAUCGCUGCAAUCCUGCGUUUUCCAAUGCCGGAAUUGGAGGAUGAAACCGACGGAGAAGACGAUGACACCGACGAUGAUUAAUGAUUGUUGUUAGCAUAAUUAAAAUUCACCACUAAGUUAUCAAUUAGUUAUUACAUUAUACCGAGAGUUUUAAACCCUUUUUUAUCAACAAUAAAUACCCUGACCGAUAUUAAUAUUAA